GCCUGUGUGUGUCGUUAUAUACACCAUAGCUGUAUUUCAUACUGUAUUUGUCUACUUGCUGUCUUACUAGAUACAUAAAUACUACUCUUGGCGACAUUUCUGUGUGUAGCCCGCACAUAUAUUUUAGUGCGUUAUUAGUAUAAUUAGCAUUAUUCUGUCAUUCGGUUGAUGCGCCUUUCUCUGGUUUUCACACCUCGCGAGCUAGUGCGCCUCUGCACCUUUAAGGCAAUGAAGAAUUUAAGCGGCUGCAGGAGCGGAGCAGAGGGUUAUUCCGUAAUGCUCUGAGGCGGAGAGGGCUCGCGCAGGGACCAAUGUGAUUAGACCAGCAACGGGAAGAUGCGCGUGCUUGCUGCUUGCUGGAUGCGGAGAGGUGGCGAAGAGGCUCGGGCUUUGGAGUCUAAUAAUUAUUCCUGCAGCUUCAGAUCAUCUGGGUUGGGCUCACACUCUUAUUGAAUUGUUCCUGAAUACAUUUUUUCUCCUUUCUUUUGCGUUGCUUAUUUUAAUUAAAAUAUUUAUUCAUGUAAUUAUUUUGUUUUGUUUGAAUCCAUUUAUUUGAUAUUUCAUUUUGAUUAAAUAUUAUUGCGGUUUAUACACACAUAUUUCAUUUUACACAUAUUCCCACCUGUAGGCCUAUGCGUUUUUUGUUGUUUGUUUUUUAUGUGUGCGGGCGUUUUUUUUUCCUUUCUUUUUUUUUUUGUUCGAGCACCGGUCUGACUCAGCAUCACACCUGGCCUGCCGCUCUUACCAGCGAAGCUCUCCUGCGCCUUUGAAACGCAGGCAACGCUGUAACCAGCGGCGGAGCUGCACCGGGAGCUGCGCAAGAGUAGGAUCACAGCUUUAACGAAGACAAUCACGGGAGCACACACGACCUCCAAAGAGGGAUCAGAGAGAGAGCGCGCGCGAGAGAGAGGAGGGGACAGAAAGACAGCACGAACGUUGGCAGUGGAAAACUGGAACGCCUUUCUCCUGGCUUUACAACGUUCUAGCCUUGCAACUGACAAACUGAAGAACAUUAAAAAAAGGAUACAGGAGAAAGUAGGGAGAAAGAAGAAAACGGCAUAGCUCGGGGAUUGAAAGGAGCGGGGCAUGUGGAUAUUGGCUAUUCUCUUUUUCCAGAGCAUCUUGAAUGUUUUCAGUGAAGACCUACACUCCAGCUUGUAUUUUGUCAAUGCAUCUGUGCAAGAGGUAGUGUUUGCCAGCACAACAGGGACCCUGGUGCCCUGUCCAGCAGGGGGCGUGCCUCCGGCGUCGCUUCGCUGGUACUUCGCCACCGGAGAGGAGAUCUACGAUGUCCCCGGGAUCCGUCACGUGCACUCCAACGGAACCCUCCAGAUCUUCCACUUCCCCCCCUCCAGCUUUAGCACCCGAAUCCACGACAACACCUACUAUUGCACAGCCGAAAAUCCUUCAGGGAAAAUUAGAAGCCAAGAUGUUCAUAUCAAGGCCGUCUUACGCGAGCCCUACACUGUCCGAGUGGAGGACCAGAAAGCCAUGAGAGGCAAUGUAGCGGUCUUUAAGUGCAUUAUCCCCACCUCUGUGGAGGCCUACGUCAACGUGGUGUCGUGGGAGAAAGACACAAUCUCACUCGUCUCAGGAUCUAGAUUUCUCAUCACAUCCACAGGAGCCUUGUAUAUUUUGGAUGUACAGACUGAGGAUGGGUUGUAUAACUACCGCUGCGUCACACGGCACCGCUACACUGGGGAGACCCGACAGAGCAACAGCGCCCGUCUCUUCCUGUCAGCAGACCCCACGAACUCGGAGCCAGUGAUCCUGGAUGGCUUCGAGCGGCGGGAGGUCAUGGCCGGCCACCGGGUGGAGCUGCCCUGCAAGGCGUCGGGCCACCCCUCGCCGAAGUACCGCUGGCUGAAGGACAGCGGGCCCCUGGAGCCGGACAGCCGCUUCCGGCAGAGCGUGACGGGGCUGCUGAUCGAGAGCACGCAGCCCAGCGACACGGGCAGCUACGUGUGCGAGGUGUGGAACAGCUACGGCAGCGCCGAGGUGGUCGGCCGCCUGCUGGUCAAACAGCCCCUGAAGGUGGUGGUGAGCCCGCGCAAGGUGAAGGGCAGCGUGGGUAGCCAGGUGUCGCUCUCCUGCGGCGUCAGCGGCUCGGAGGAGUACCAGCUCGCCUGGUACCGCAACGGCGAGAUCAUCCACCCGGGAAACAACGUGCGCAUCACCGGCGGCAACCGUGAGAACCUGGUGAUGGAGGGCAUGGCCAAGAGCGACGGCGGGGCCUACCAGUGCUUCGCCCGCCACGGCAAGAUGUCCGCCCAGGACAUGGUGCAGGUCGUGCUGGAAGACGGCACUCCAAAGAUCCUGUCCACCUUCAGCGAGAAGGUGGUCAGCCCCAACGAGGUGGUGUCCCUGGUGUGCAACGUGAAGGGCACGCCCCUCCCCACCGUCACCUGGACCCUGGACGACGACCCCGUCGCCAAGGACGGCAACCACCAGACGGGGCAGAUCACGCUGGUGGAGGACAACCUGCUGAGCUACCUGAACAUCUCGCACACUCAGGUCCGCGACGGCGGCGUCUACCGGUGCAUCGCCAACAACUCGGCGGGAGUGGUCUCCUACCAGGCUCGAAUAAACGUAAGAGGGCCUGUCAGCAUCCGUCCAAUGAAAAACCUCACAGCCAUUGCUGGGAGGGACACCUACAUUCACUGCCGCGUGAUUGGCUACCCGUAUUACUCCAUCAAGUGGUACAAGAACGCCAACCUGCUGCCCUUCAACCACCGGCAGCGCGCGUUUGAGACCAACGGCACGCUGAAGCUGUCGGACGUGCAGAAGGACAUGGACGAGGGGGAGUACACCUGCUGCGUGCUGAUUCAGCCGCAGCACUACUACAACCGCAGCGUCUACGUCACCGUCAAAGUGCCCCCGUUCAUCCAGCCCUUCGAGUUCCCCAGCUUCUCCAUCGGCCAGCGGGUGUUCAUCCCCUGCGUGGUGGUGUCGGGUGACCUGCCCAUCUACAUCACCUGGCACAAGGACGGCAAGCCCAUCCCGGCCAGCCUGGGAGUCACCAUCGACAACAUCGACUUCACAAGCUCCCUGCGUAUAUCCAACCUCUCGGUGGAGCACAACGGCAACUACACCUGCAUAGCCCGCAAUGACGCUGCCACCGUCGAGCACCAGAGCCAGCUCAACGUCCGAGUUCCUCCGAGGUUUGUGGUGCAGCCCCAGGACCAGGCCGGCAUUUACGGCAAAGCCGUGAUCCUGAACUGUUCGGCAACAGGUUCCCCAGUUCCCACAAUUGUGUGGAAAUACUCUAAAGGCGCCGGUGUGCCCCAGUUCCAGCCCAUCGCCCUGAAUUCGGGCUUCAGGAUCCAGCUGCUGCCUACGGGCUCCCUGCUCAUCAAGCACGUGCUAGAGGAGGACAGCGGGUACUACCUGUGCAAAGUCAGCAACGACGUUGGAGCCGACGUCAGCAAGUCCAUGUACCUCACCGUCAAAAUCCCCGCCAUGAUCACCUCGUACCCCAACACCACGCUGGCCACGCAGGGCCAGAGGAAGGAGAUGAGCUGCACGGCGCACGGCGAGAAGCCCAUCAUGGUGCGCUGGGAGAAGGAGGACCGCAUCAUCAACCCCGAGAUGAGCCGCUACGUCGUCUCCGUCAAGGAGGUGGCCGACGAGGUCAUCUCCACCCUGCAGAUUCUACCAACAGUGAGGGAAGACUCUGGCUUUUUCUCCUGUCAUGCAAUCAACUCCUUCGGUGAAGACCGAGGAAUCAUUCAGCUAACGGUGCAAGAACCCCCUGACCCUCCCGCGGUAGAGAUUCGGGAGGUACGGGAUCGGACAAUCGCCCUUCGUUGGACCAUGGGCUUCGAUGGAAAUAGCCCCAUCACUGGCUACGACAUCGAGUGCAAGAACAAAUCCGCUUCCUGGGGUUCGGCGCAAACAACCAAAGAUGUCUCCCCGCAGCUAAACCAGGCCACCAUCAUCGACCUCCACCCGUCCUCCACCUACAACAUCCGCAUGUUCGCCAAGAACCACAUAGGCAAGAGCGACGCCAGCAACGAGCUCACCAUUACCACCGACGAAGCCGCUCCCGAUGGCCCCCCACAGGAAGUUCAGCUGGAAGCCAUUUCCUCCCAAAGCAUCAAGGUCACCUGGAAGGCCCCAAAAAAGCACCUGCAGAACGGCAUGAUCCGGGGGUACCAGGUGGGGUACAGGGAGUACAGCACGGGCGGCAGCUACCAGUUCAACAUCAUCAGCAUGGACACCACGGGGGACAGCGAAAUGAUCACGCUGGACGACCUGAGGAAGUUCACCAAGUACGGGGUGGUGGUGCAGGCCACCAACCGCGCGGGCACCGGACCCUCGUCCCAGGAAGUCAUCGCCACCACCCUGGAGGACGUACCCAGCCGGCCCCCGGAGAACGUGCAGGCCUCAGCCACGUCCCCAGAGACCAUCUCGCUGUCCUGGUCCACCCCCGCCAAAGAGGCGCUGAACGGCAUCCUGCAGGGCUUCCGCAUCAUCUACUGGGCCAACCUGCCCGAUGGAGAACUGGGCGAGAUCAGGAACGUCACGACUUCCCAGGACUCCCUGGAGCUGGACGGGCUGGAGAAGUACACCAACUACAGCAUCCAGGUGCUGGCGUUCACGCGGGCGGGGGACGGGGUGCGCAGCGAGCAGAUCUUCACCCGCACCAAGGAGGACGUCCCGGGCCCCCCCGCGGGCGUGAAGGCCGCCGCCUCCACCAACUCGGUGGUGUUUGUCUCCUGGCUGCCCCCCCUGAAGCUCAACGGCAUUAUCUGGAAAUACACCGUCUUCUGCUCCAACCCCUACUCCACGGGGGUCAGCGAGUUCGAGGCAGCGCCCGACAUCUACUUCCACCGCGUGACCAACCUCAGCCGCAACCAGAAGUACAGCUUCUGGGUGGUCGCCGUGACGGCGGCCGGGCGGGGGAACUCCAGCGAGAUCAUCACCGUGGAGCCUCUGGCCAAAGCUCCCUCCAGGAUCCUCACCUUCAGUGGGACGGUCACCACGCCCUGGAUGAAGGACAUCGUGUUGCCCUGCAAAGCCGUCGGAGACCCGCCCCCCACCAUCAAGUGGCUGAAGGGAAGCAACGGGACCCCGGCCCCAGUGCUGAUCGACGGACGGCGGAGCAUCCAUAACAACGGCAGCUUCGUCAUCCGCACUGUGAAAGCGGAGGACUCUGGGUACUACAGCUGCGUGGCCAGCAACAGCUGGGGCUCCGAUGAAAUUGUCCUUAACCUGCAGGUUCAAGUUCCUCCAGACCAACCGCGCCUGACGGUCACCAAGACAACCACCACGUCAAUCACGCUGUCCUGGGUCCCGGGAGACAACGGCGGAAGUUCCAUCCGAGGGUACAUCCUGCAGUACUCGGAGGACAACAGCGAGCAGUGGGGAAACUUUCCCAUCAGCCCCAGCGAGCGGUCGUACCGCCUGGAGAACCUCAAGUGCGGAACCUGGUACAAGUUCACCCUCACGGCCCAGAACGGCGUGGGCCCGGGCCGCAUCAGCGAGAUCAUCGAGGCCAAGACGCACGGGAAAGAACCGCAAUUCGCCAAAGAACACGAGCUCUUCGCCAGCAUCAACUCCACCCGGGUCAAGCUCAACCUGAUUGGCUGGAACAACGGGGGGUGCCCGAUCACGUCCUUCACGCUGGAGUACCGGCCCGUGGACACGGCGGUGUGGACCACGGCGCAGCGCACGUCCCUGACCAAGAGCUACAUCCUGUACGACCUGCAGGAGGCCACCUGGUACGAGCUGCAGAUGAAGGUCUCCAACAGCGCCGGCUCCGCCGAGAAGAAGGCCACCUUCGCCACGCUCAACGCCGACGGCAGCACCAUCCCCCCGCUGCUGAAGACUGUGGACGAGAGCAAGGUCAGCAUGGGCGGCAACGAGGGUCUGAAGAUGAUGGUGACCAUCUCCUGUAUCCUCCUGGGCAUCGUGCUGCUCUUCAUCCUGCUCAUGCUGAUGAGGAAGAGGAGGAGGGAGCAGAGGCUGAAGAGGCUUCGGGAUGCAAAAAGCUUGGCAGAAAUGCUGAUGAGUAAGAACACGCGCACGCCGGACACCGUGAACAAACAGCAGCAGACGCUGAGAAUGCACAUCGACAUCCCCAGAGCCCAGCUGCUCAUCGAGGAGAGGGACACCAUGGAGACCAUCGAUGACAGGUCUACGGUUUUGCUCACCGAUGCCGAUUUUGGAGAGACGUCCAAGCAGAAGUCGUCCACCGUCACGCACACGGUUCACUACCAGUCCCUCUCCCAGGCAACCGGGCCUCUGGUGGACGUGUCUGACGCCCGACCCGGAACCAACCCCACGGCCCGGCGCACGGCGAAGGCCGGCCCCACGGCCCGCAGCCGCUACGCCAGCCAGUGGACCCUGAACCGCCCGCACCCGCCCGUCUCCUCCCACACGCUGACCACCGACUGGCGGCUGCCCACGCCGCGCGCCACCGGCUCCGUCGACAAGGAGAGCGACAGCUACAGCGUCAGCCCCUCUCAGGACACGGACCGGGCACGGAGCAGCAUGGUGUCGACGGAGAGCGCCUCCUCCACCUACGAGGAGCUGGCGCGGGCCUACGAGCACGCCAAGAUGGAGGAGCAGCUGCGCCACGCCAAGUUCACCAUCACCGAGUGCUUCAUCUCCGACACGUCCUCCGAGCAGAUGACCGCCGGCACCAACGAGUACACCGACAGCCUGGCGUCCAGCACGCCGUCCGAGUCGGGCAUCUGCCGGUUCACCGCGUCCCCGCCCAAACCGCAGGACGGGGGGCGCGUCAUGAACAUGGCCGUCCCCAAGGCGCACAGACCCGGAGGCGAGCUGGUGCACCUGCCCCCGUACCUCCGGAUGGACUUCCUGCUGAACCGCGGGGGCGCGGGGGGCGGGGCCUCAGCGUCGGGGCGCGAGGGCGCGAUGGGCCAGGCCUGCCUGGAGCCGCAGAAGAGCCGCACGCUGAAGCGCCCCGCCCUGCUGGAGCCCACGCCCGCGGAGGGGGGAGGGGCCGGCGGCACCGCCCGGGAGGUGCAGCAGUGGCAGCCGGGGACUGCCUCCACGCUCCCGCUGAGGGAGGCGGGGGACCUGGCGCAGGCUGCCAAGAUCAGCAGCUCCCAGGAAUCCCUGCUGGACUCCAGGGGACACCUUAAACAGAGCAGCAACCCGUACGCUAAGUCCUACACGCUGGUAUAACACACAGCGCACUGGCCGGACUGCAGGACCAGAGGCUGCCCACCCCCCCCCCCCUCCCUCACCCACCCCCCCACACAGGAGGAGGAGGAGGAGAAGAAGGACGAGGAGGAGGACAAAUAACAAUCACAAAGACAGACAGACAGACGGACAGACAGAUGCUUUAAAAAAAAAAAAAGUUGUACAUAUAUCCGAUUCCAAAAGGAUGGGUGACUUUUAUUCUUUCUUUCUUUCUUUCUUUCAAUCUUUCUUUCUUUCUUUCUUUCUUUCUGUCUUUCUUCCUCUUCCUUUUUUCACUUUCUCACUUUUUAUUUUCUACUUGAGCAUUUUAUUUAUUUUUAAAUUUACUCCACACAAAGAUUGCCAAAAUAAUUAAUAAUUUUAUGAAAGAGAAGGUAAUAUAAAAUGAUGGUGGUGACAGUGAUGAUGACGAUGAUGAUAAUGAUGAUGAUGAUUAAUUUUAUUGUUAUAUAAAAAUUCAAAGUAUAUAUACAUAUAUAUAUAUAUAAAUGUAUAUCUGAAAACAGAACUAAGAGGAGCCUGGACCACUCAGCAGGACAUGCCGUUGCAUUAUUUUAGUUUUCAUCUGAGUGUGAGCGAACUAAUGCAAUUUUUCUGUUAGUUUAUUUUAUUUUUUUGGUUCUCGGUUGGUUUUUUUAAAUUGAAACGCAUCUCGAUAGCUGAGGGGAACCAGGUGAACGAGAAGGACAGAGAGAGCUGUCCGCCCAGCCCGAUCUUCUCAGAUUGCUACAUUUUAAAAUCACUUUCCUCUGACUGCAUGGGGACUGGGAAAAAGACGAUUACAAUAGUAAACGGCUGGAAAUCCAACUGCAAAUUUUGUCACAUUAUGAAAUUAUACAAUGUGAAAGAUUUAUUAUAAUUAUAUAUAUAUAUAUAAGAAAUCACUUUUAUUUGUGGAUAUUACAGGGAAAAAAAAAAUGAUUUGGUUAAUAAAGUCCUUAGUCAUGUUUGCA